CUUCGGUUUGCUGAGAGCUUCACCCAACCCUUCUUCAUCCUCUUCCUCUUCUUCAUCCUCCUCACCUCCCGCAGGCUCGUUAUCAGGAGUAAGCAAGGGAUCGUCCCCCUCUCCGUCGGCUUCUGCUGCCUCCUCCCAACUGUCUGCAGGAGGGGGCGGAGCUCCCUCCCCAGGCGGCUCCUCAGCCUCUAAUUCUCGCACAUCAUUUUUAAGAGGAACCUGACCGUCUGUGGACUCGGGGGACUCCUUUUGCGGGAGAUGUUCAGUCUGUCGGGGUAAGAAUGAAGGCACAAAUUCGGCUGCGUUCACGUUCAACGUGGAAAUUUUUGACGACAGAUCGGAGGUCUCGGUCGAAUCACCAGCACCACAAUCUGCUUGUUGUUCCCAGGAAUCGGGAGCUCCGUUAUUCGCCAUCCUAUAACUUAAUUAAUAUUGUCCAAAAGUAGGUAACACGAAAAAUAACUACUCAAUUUCUUUCUCUCAAAUAUCCGCGUGUGUUCGUCUCCUACACCGGAAGAUAAUGGUAGAACAGACACGGCCUUUCUGUCUCGCAACCACUCCCAAAUGGAUAUACGAUGAUGGUAAUUCGGUGUAAGCUGGACUUACGUAGUUUAAACAAAUGACCUUUGAGAACUACCGCAAUGCAAGAGUAUGGCGGAAAUUACAACAUGGUUCCUUUAACUUGCGGUUGAUAUAACCUCAAAUUUGAUGUAAUUUUCCGAAAUUUCUUCACUUACCAACAUCGACAUACGAAGUGACGCGCCGUCACUUGAGAACUUUUUAAUGUUACCGAAGCAAAUUGCGUGAAAUCUGAAGUAACUCUUAAAAUACAAGUAUUUUUUAAAAUUUCUUUCGAAUCAUGUCAUUCGGCUGCGUGAAUAGAUUGUCUAGGCGCUGCUUUGUAAUUACACCUGUUCGACACUAUUAUAAAAAUGUGCUGCAGCUCUAUGAAAGAGGGCUAUACCAAGACCUCUUUCCCUCAAAUGCAAGCAAUGAAAUAGCAGACCUCCUCAAGACACCUCAGUGUGUUUAUGCAGGAUUUGAUCCAACUGCUGACAGCCUGCAUGUUGGAAAUUUGCUAAUCUUGAUGGGACUCCUUCACUGGCAAAGGGCAGGCCAUCAUGUAAUUGCUUUGGUGGGCAGCGCGACGGCGGCCAUCGGCGACCCCACCGGCCGCUCCACGUCGCGCCCCACGUUGGCGCCCGCCCUCCUGCAGGAGAACGCGGCGGGCCUGCGCGCCAACAUCCAGCAGGUGUUCGACAACCACCGCAAGUACUUCUGGACCUCCAGCCGGCCGCUUGGGCGCUUCACCCUGGCCGAGCUGUGCUACCAGGCCUUCCAGGCCUACGACUGGCUGCACCUGUACCGCGCCCACGGCUGCCGCUUCCAGCUGGGCGGCGCCGACCAGAUGGGCAACAUCAACACCGGCCACGAGCUCAUCAGUCGCGCCGAAGACGCCCGCGUCUACGGUCUGACGAUGCCGCUGGUGACGACGGAGGAAGGCGACAAGCUGGGCAAGUCCGCGGGCAACGCGGUGUGGCUGAGCGCGGCGCGCACGUCGCCCUUCCAGCUGUACCAGUUCCUGCUGCGCACCCAGGACGCGGACGCGGGCCGGCUGCUGCGCCUGCUGACGCUGGAGGCCGAGGCCGAGGUGCGCGCGCUGCUGGACGCGCCGGCCGAGCGCCGCCUGCCGCAGCGCCGCCUGGCGCAGCGCGUCACCACCCUGGUGCACGGCGAGCGCGGCCUGGCCGAGGCGCGCGCCACCUCCGACGCGCUCUACGGCGGCAGCAUCGAGGCGCUGGCGCGGCUGAGCCCGGGCGACGCGGUGGCGGCGCUGCGCGGGGCGGCGCUGCGCCGCCUGCCGCUGCGCGCCGACGUGACGGCGCUGGAGCUGGCGCUGGCCGCGGGCUGCUUCGCCAGCGAGGAGGACGCGCGGCGCGUCAUGGCCGCCGGCGGCUUCUACCUCAACCACCAGCGCGUGCGCGAGCCGGGCGAGGUGCUGACGCGCGCCGUGCACAUCCUGCCCAACAACCUCAGCCUGGUGCGCGUCGGCAAGAAGAACUACUACGUGGUCGAGUGGCUGGCCUGAAGCCGCGCACGUGACCGUCCGUCAGGGGGGCUUGUGGAAAAUGGAGGAAUUCCUAAGGAAUAGUUUGGCUUUGCGUAGCAAUUUCACACCAAUCGUGAUUUUACUGACGUGUUGCUGUUGUACAGCAUUUUACGUAUAGGGAAAAUUGGCAUGAUAUUAAUGUCAAGUCAGGUUUCCAUUUGAAUGGUCCCUUCUGCAGACCUCUACAAGCAUUGAAUGCAAUUUUGGGAUAGUACCGAAUACAGAUUCACUGUCUGAGCAUAUGAAUGUAAGUCGUAUUAUCAACCUCAUUUGAAAAUUUUAAGGUAACACCAAGUGGAAUUAUCCAUGAAUUUGUUGGUUAAUUUGGUCAGUUCGUAAGAUUCAGUAGGGAAGAGGAGCACAGACAAAUUUGUGAAUUCCAUUUUCAUCCCUCGCAGGCACAGAUCCACUGUGAGGGAAAUUUUCGUUCCCAAAUUUGUUCAGUAACUAUGAAUUUUAACUUAUCACGAAACUUCAAAGCAAAAAUAUUUUCAUGUAAACAUUAAAACGAAUAAAAUUGUAUCACAACAUGAGCUGAGUUAAGCCUGUGACAUUCUACAUAAUCUGUGUUAUGACACAUUGGACAAUACAUUUUGAAUAAAAAAAAUUUCCCCUGCCAAAAUUCGUCUCUGGAUCCACCCCUGCCCCUUUAGAUAUUUUCAAAUAGGUAAUUUGAUCACUUACAUCUUUUGUGUUCUAAAUUUACUGUGAUCAGAAGUGAUCUAUCGCCAUUAACCAUAAUGUGAUUUGUUUUGCAAGAGGAUGAUCAGUAUUGGAAGUUGUUACAGUGCUCAACUGACAGGGGGUGAAUAUGUGUGUUUAGUUUUACUACCUCAAUCAUGUCAAACAAAGUAGCCAACUACUGAAACUGUUACCUUAUUUUGGAAAAUAAUUUUAUUUCCUUGUCAAGCAUUUCUUAGUAUUUUGAUUAAAUUGUAAAUGUUUCAUUAACAAUCUAUAGUGAUGUUCAGUGCUUUGUUGUAUUGCUUUGAAAAAGAAAUUGUGUUCACAAGGUGCUAAAUGACUGUAGUUUUCAUUGUAAUAGUUUGUAAAUAAAAUGUGUAAAUUAUCUCAUAAAGCCUGUUGUUUUAUUUUUUCA